UGGAAGACGUGAGUCAAUGAUUCGCAGCCAGAUUUGCACCCCGGCAAGCGAUUCACAAAUUAGCUGAUUCUCUCCUAACUCGGAGCAAAUAAUGAUCGGUUACUUGUUCCAUUCUUUCAUAAAAAUCCUCGAUUCAUGCCUCUUGUCUUCAUAUCACCAAUCUUCUUCUUUGAUCCCAAAGAAUCCAUCAUCAAAUCCAGGGUAAGCCCCAGGUCACUGCGGGGGCAUCGGUGUAAACAAGAACAACCUGAGGCUACAUGCACUUACAGAGCAUCAGCUGCUAUUGCUCCAACCAUCCUAAGCAACACCAAUUUGAGCCUUCCAACUUCCUCUUCCUCUGCUUCUUUCCCAAAAGCGCCCCUGCAUUUUUGCUGCCUUAGGCGCACAAGUAAAAUUAAAUCAUUCGCUUCGUCGCUUCUAUUUUUCGCUUCAUUCCUUCAAGCUACAUUUGCGACAGUCUCUUGCACACUCGUCGUCAUUGUACCGAGUACAGUCAUUCAAUCCGCUGUCGCAACACUGCGAAGCUCAUGUCUUUUGGAUAAACGCAUCAAACUCAUCGUUUCAGGAUACUUACUGGUGAGUCAUAUCGCAAAAUAUGGCCUGAUUCAGAGACUAGCUGUUGAGAUGCUUCAUGAUACGAUUUCAGAGCUAUAAAGCCUCUCCUAAGCUCUACUUUGGGCUGUCGUAUCACCCACGCUGAAACCGAGAGCCGACUUGCUAACUGCUCAAGGAACAGAAUCCCAUUCAACACUUCAAA